CAUUGGUUUGAAUGCAGUGGUUAGAUAAACUGUAUCUGAAGGAAUAAAGAGGAUUUAGGACAAACAAUCGAUGCUGUGAAUUUAACUCCUAGAAUGGUGGUCUAGUGUUAUAGAGAAUCACCCAAAAACGAGACCGAAGUCUACAAAGAAAGCUGCUAUCUCAAGAAACUUCUAAUUGCGCUAGUACUAUAUACACUUUUAUUCCGGAUUAUUGACCUCAGGGGAAAAUGGGUGACAUCCCCGACCCCGGGACGUGCCUAACAGAGCGACAAAAAAAUGCCGUAAGAGAUAGCUGGGCCAAAAUGGUCUCCACCUGGAAAACCAACGGCGUGGAGUUCUUUUUUAGAUUGUUUACGACAUUUCCAAACAUACGGGCAUAUUUUAAGACUCUGGACGGCCUUGACCUAGAUGCCCUUAAGACCUCCUCUAAGCUACGAGCACAUGCAAUCAACUUCAAACACGGUGUCAGCUCCUUUAUAGAUAACUUAGACGAUAUCGACUGCCUAGUGAUCCUCAUUCAUAAACUCACAGAGAAUCACUUCAGAAGAAACAUAGCACCAAAACAGUUUGAAGAUGCACUCUCGCUAUUCACGACGUUUGUCGGAGACGUCCAAGAAGUUGAUGAGUUCACAUUAAACGCAUGGAAAGCGACCCUCGCCACUGUCCUGUCCGUGAUCACCGAACACAUGAAAACACUAGAGGCACAGACGGAUGGCAAUGCAUAGAAAUUGGAUGCCUUUGUACUGCUAGACCACAAAGGGAUGGUUUUGAUGUAUAUGGCGAAACACUUCGUGCCAAUGCUCUUUUAUUGAGUCCAUGUACGUGAUAGUGACUAAAAUGACAUACAUAAACACGCUUGUGUUCAAAUCAGGGUUUUUAUUACAAUAACAAUGUAAAGCAGGCAUUGAUUAACUUAAUGGACCUUGUUUUUAAAAUUAUAUGGGGUUUAAUUUGACUUAGUGCUGCAUAGACGAACGAUAUGGUCGAAUGCAUUUUCAGGUCACCUGUUGAUCACUUGGUCAAAGAUACACUUACACAAUGAAAAUAGUUAUUGGUGGUUAAGUUUCAUAACCUCAGGUAUAUGUUGAUAAAACAAUGACAAUGAACAAAUAUUUGUCAAGAUUAUAUGAAAUAAAUAUGAGUGCAUGUGUUUCAUACAUUUUCAGCAUUAAAAAAUCAGUAUUAGAUUUACUCUUUUACUAGAACAUAAAGCUGUUUCAUUACAUUAUGUAGUUGUUCGUAUUUUAUAUGUAUUUUGUUUGGUGAAUUUGGGUUUAUAAUAUAUUUACAUGUUUAUAAAUUGUGAACAUACAUUACAUAGAAAGCAUUAAAAU